AUGAAUAACGGAAUAAAACCUACCCGUUUGUGGUAUCUUACGGGGAGGAAGCAUUUCAUGUCUUUGAUCAACGGGCGUUUGUCCGUGCAACCGAAAAAUCAACAUCCGAGAAACGAUUAUUUUAUGCUCAUGGCUUUCUUAUUUCCUGGCGUUUUUGGAAUUGUCUAUUCCUAUUUAGAAUAUGGUCCACCCAAAGGUUGUAUAGGGGGGGAAAAGAAGUCUGAAGAUGCAGUCAAAGAUCCACCCUGCCCUCCUGUACCGUGCCCACCUAUACAGAAACCAAAACCUCCACCUAAAUGUCCUUCUUGUGAAGAUUAA